AUGAGAAAAAUAGUCAAGAUCCUUGCUCGGAUACUGGGUCAGCAACCACUGCCAACAGAGCUAAUGGAUUUUCACGCCCAACUGCCCACUCUGGUGAAGAGGGGUAGAGUUGCUGUCCAGCAAUCUCUGUGGCAAGCAGUCAACGACCCUGCUAUUAGGAUCAACUCGGCCGUCGACGCUUUCAUAGCACGACUUGCGGCUGCACAUGAAGACUCCUCAAUUUUCAACUCAGGAGAGUGGGCACACUCUGUCAACUCCCUGUUGACCUCUGUUACGUCCACCAAUAACUACCUGGACAAGUCUGUGGCUUCUGUUGUGCUACAUCCAGCUUGUUGCCGAGUCCCAAAGUCUUCGCUCUCAGCAAGGUAUCUCCCUCAGCCCAAGCCAUCUAAGAAAUGGUUUAAGCAAUGGCAUGCUAUGUGGUGCAAGUUUGCAGCCAUAGCAGCCCGUGAUGGAACAACGCCAUGGGAGAUAGCCAAUGUCUUUAGGUGGCCAGUUGAAUCUACUGUUAGUGGACAGCUGGUGAUUAGUAGAAUCAUCCCAACUAUUUCUAGCUUACACCAAAACCUACCACUGAACGUGAACUGCAUGUUUGCACCUGAGGGCAGAGGGGCUCAAUUGUCUUGCAAACUGACAAGGAGAUGGAUAAUUGGAGUAAUAGGCAAAAUGGAUGGGCUGUGUAUAUUUGUUUGUUGUUUCACUUUUGAGAAGAAAGUUGAAAGCCAACUGAUGAAGAAGUUGCAAGCAUCUGGAAAGGAUGCAAAUACUGACAGGCUAGCAGUACACUUCCCAGAAAUUUGUCAGAAAGCAGCUCACAUGGUGGAGGCUGAGGAUGAUGAGGAAGAAGGAGACUUGGAUAGGCCUGAUGUUGAUAGUGAAGAUGAAGCUCUUCAUAAGAGAGCCAGAAAUAGCAUGGAAGAGGAACUAGAAGAUGAAGAUGAAGAUGCUCUGAUGCAGACCUUUAAACGCUUGACAGGCAAGCCUGGUAAUAAGAGGGGUUUCUGGUAA